GUCUGUCAAUCACUCGGAGCUAUUGCGUCAAACAGCUACCUAUUGUCUUUAGGUUUGUUUCCUAGCUAACCAACUUCCCGUAGGCAGUGUUUGGCAAGACAAGCUCUAUCGAAUACAAUAUAGUACUUCAAUCGCUCGUCAUAAUGGCGCUCAGAUACGGGCCGUUAGCUAACUGCCAGGGGCCCCGACCUGCUUGCAAGCGUGCAGCGGCGGUGCUUGCGCUACACAGCGUAGCGACUCCUCAGGCGCCUUCCCGGCUUCCAUCCGCACGCCCAUUACUCCCGGCCUUCUCUCCCAGCUCCUUCGGAGCUGACUCCCGUGCCCCCCAUGUCCGAACAUCCGGAGGAACGCGACAAGGAUCGCACGUGUGCGCGGCCUCUCGCAAAGCAAGCAAGGAAGCAGACAAGGAGGUCCAGUUUGACGUAAGCGUAGCAGUGGAGGAGCUGUCGCUGUGUCGGCGACGCGCCACCGUCACCGUACCUGCCAGUGCUGUGAAGGAGGUCUUCAAGCGGGGGGUGAAGCGACUGGAGCGUGACGUGGUGGGCUCCCUGCGCGGCUGGCAGGCGGGCAAGCCGCUGCCGCUGUCCAUGAUAGUCACACAGGUCGGCGGGCAGGCCAAGUUCAAGACGUACUGUCUGGAGGAGUUGCUGCUGGAGGCGCUACCCAAGGGAGUGGAAGCCGCAAGCAGGGGGCAGGCGCUGGAUCCAGAGAGCGUGGAGGUUCCCCGCGCCGACUACCCCUCCAUGCUCGAGCGCUACGACCCCGCCCGCGACUUCUGCUUCACCGCGCUCUUCGACGUGGCUCCCCCGCUGGUGUGGCGCACGCCGCUGGAGGCGAUUGAGGUGACCAUCAGGGACACCGGCGACCUGGCCAGCGACACCGCCGCCGCGGACGACCUCAUCCGGCAGUACCGCAAGCAGCACGGCUUCAGUCGGGUUGUGGCGGGGCGGGGACUGCAGCGGGGGGACACACUCGUCAUGGACAUGCAGGUGGUCACCGCCGCUGGCCAGCAGCCGCUGCCCGGUCUCACCAAGAGCCGCAUUUCCUUCGACACGGAGGAGGAUGCGCUGGAUAUCACAACGGGCAUGCUGGGCAUGCGUGCGGGUGAGGUCCGCUCCUUCGAUAUGUCCCUACCUCAUGACUACCCGCUGGAGGUCUGGCAGGGUAUGCCGGUGCGUGUCAACGUGCGGGUGCACGAGGUGUUCGAGUGGACACUGCCCGAGUUCGACGACGCCUACGUGGCCGCCCAUCACGGCUCCCAGUGGUCCUCCGCCACCGAGAUGCGGGAGGCGCUGGUGGCCUCCACCGCCAUGCAGCGCAUGCAGCUGCUGGACCAGCAGCUGGGGGAGGCGGUGGUCAAGGCAGUAGCAGGCGCGCUAGACAUGCCCGAGGUGCCCCCCCGCAUGGUGGAGCGGCUGGGGGAGCGACAGUUCCAGGCGCAGCUGCUGGAGAUGAUCAAUGACCGUGUGGGCACCCGCGAGGACAUUGAGAAGCUGGCCACGGAGGAGAUGGCGGCGGAGUUCGUACAGCAGCGCCGGAGCGAGCUGGAGGAGCAGGUCAAGUUCAACUUGGCGGUGGACGACAUCUUCGAGCGCCAGGGGCUGACACUGGACGAGGAGAUGGUGGCGCAGGAGUUUGCGUUGCGGGAGCGGCAAAUGCAGGCGGUGGGCCAGCCGCCCUCCAGGGAAGAGCUCAUGGAAGAUGUGCGGGAAACCGUCAAGACCGUUAUUGUAACGGAAUGGCUCAAAGAUAACAUCAAGCGACACGUGCUCCCGUACAACAGCGGCGGCCAGGAUGGGGCUGGGGAAGGCGCUGCUUCUGGGGAGGCUAGCAGCAGCAAGCGCAGGGAGCCGGUGGCUGCUGCCUAAGCCUUGAGUCUAAAUCUUGAAAGCAGGGUACUUCAUAAGGGUUGAGGAGUUGGGAUUUGGGUUUCGGGACGACUAGGCAGGUUGGUGUGGUUGUUUGUACGGCUCGUUGAGGUGGGCAGCUGAGGUCGCCGGGCAUUGCCUACCUAGGGACACUUGUAAGGGGAUGUACGAACAGGGUGCGUGCAUGUGUACAUGUACCAUUGAGCAAUCGUUGGAUGGAAGUGUAUUUGCCUUUUUGUCACGGCUUGUACCACAACGCUAGGUAGGCACAGUAACUCAGUGUAUUGACCACUCGGGAAUAGCGCUAGGAAAGGCUCUGCAUUGUAUAUGUGUGCGGGGAGGAUUAGCGGAG